CAACCACUAAACGCUUAUUAUUGGUUUAACCAGUUUAUUGUAAAAAAAUAUUGUAAAUUUUGAACAAAAAAGGCAACAAAAAUUCACCUGUAUAAUUUCAAUAUUUCUGGAAAGGUGCGUGAACACGACGUUACUUCCCAUCGACUAACGAAAUGUCGGAGGAUCAAAGAGAUGAAAAUUGGGUGAAGAUUGAUGGGAAAUGGGUUGAACUGGAGGAUCCCAUCGAGAAUGGUGCCACGGAGUCAGAUUCGAAUGGCGGAGAACGAAGUCAGAAAGAAAUAAUGUUUAAAAUUCGCAAGAUUGGAUUUUUGGUGAUGCCGGUACCGCCCUCGGCGCAACGACCAACAACGAUUGGUACUGAGGUGGAAUCAAGUAUACCUGAAGUGACGUCGUCACCAAUUGUAACGGCAACACCUGCAACAACGAUAACCUCAUCGACGUCAUCUGUGACGACGCCCACAACACCGACGGCUACGGUAACGAUACAGACGACCACAAUCAGCCCACCUGUGACCAUGGCGGUCACACCUACGACCAUGAUAACCACACACACGACAAUGAUCACCACACCCACACCCACGACCAUGACAACCCCAUGCACGACCACGAUAACCACCCCUGUGCCCAUAGGUGUCACACCCAUGACUAAGAUAACCACACCUGUGACCAUAGCGGUCACACCCACGACCAAGAUAAGCACACCUGUGACCAUAGCGGUCACGCCCAUUACCAAGAUAACCACACCUGUGACCAUAGCGGUCCCGCCCACGACCAAAAUAAGUACACCUGUGACCAAAGCAGUCACGCCCACGACCAAAAUAAGCACACCUGUGACCAUAGCGGUCACGCCCACGACCAAAAUAAGCACACCUGUGACCAAAGCAGUCACACCUACGACCAAGCUAACCACACCUGUGACCAUAGCGGUCACGCCCAUUACCAAGAUAACCACACCUGUGACCAUAGCGGUCACGCCCACGACCAAAAUAAGUACACCUGUGACCAAAGCAGUCACGCCCACGACCAAAAUAAGCACACCUGUGACCAAAGCAGUCACACCCAUGAUCAAGAUAAUCACACCUGUGACCAUAGCGGUCACAUCGACGACCAAGAUCGACGACCAAGCCAUACCAAAAUCAGUCAGCUCCUCCAGCUCGAUAUAUUUAGGCAAGACAAUUUUUUAA